GGAAAACCUUGUCCUACUUUGCCUUUAACCGUGCCAUGCAAUACGUGUGCGAGCGUAUGUGUGUACGAGCGCGUGACGCAAUCUUCCGGAUGAGAUUUUAUCCUCUCCCUUUUACGCCUCGCGAAAUAAUUACAUGCAGUGCUCCCUGUGUAAUUGUCGCGGUCACGUUGUCCUGAUCGUAUCCGUUUAACGUGUCCGCGACUCCGGGCAGUGACAUACACACGUGAAGACACCCGAGCCUGAGAGGACGUGCUAAGCGAGUCCGCGGGUUUGAUAUGUGAUCUGGCCUCGAGUUUUCCUCCUAUCGAGAAUGCCGGGAUAUUAAUAAUGUUUCGGUCAUAUAUGGCGCGUCAGGAUGGCAGAGAUGCCGCGGAUCAAAACUUCGACUACAUGUUCAAGUUGCUGAUAAUCGGCAACUCGUCCGUCGGCAAGACCUCCUUCCUCUUUCGCUACGCGGACGAUUCCUUUACCUCGGCUUUCGUGUCAACCGUAGGAAUCGACUUUAAGGUGAAGACCGUCUUCAGACACGACAAAAGGGUCAAGCUACAAAUCUGGGAUACGGCAGGUCAGGAAAGAUACAGAACGAUCACGACGGCCUACUACAGAGGCGCGAUGGGUUUCAUUCUAAUGUACGACAUCACAAACGAGGAAUCCUUCAAUUCAGUCCAGGAUUGGAUCACACAAAUAAAAAACUACUCGUGGGACAACGCCCAAGUAAUUCUCGUGGGCAACAAGUGCGAUAUGGAAGAGGAGAGAGUGAUCAGUACCGAGAGAGGUAAACAGUUGGCGGAGCAAUUAGGAGUUCGAUUCUUCGAGACAUCGGCUAAAGAGAACAUCAAUGUCAAGGCGGUGUUCGAGCAGCUGGUGGACAUAAUAUGCGACAAGAUGAGCGAAUCUCUGGACAAUGAUCCGACCCUGAUGGGGGCGGGCGGUAUGGGUCAGACCAAGGGCCAACGACUCACCGAUCAGCCGACCAAUCCAGCGAACACUAACUGUAAUUGCUAAAAAAAAUGCGUCGACACACAGAAGAGGAGGGGGGAGAAAAACGAGAGAUCGUAUUUUGUGCGUGUGUCUGCGCGCAUGUGUGCACGUGUGUGUUACGUGUGUUAGAAAAAGAGAGAAAGAAGGAGAGAAAGAGAGAGAAAGAAAGGGAGGAGGAGGAGGAAGUGUCGUGUGCGACGCUGGUGUGUUAACUAGUCCACUUACUUCGUCGUUCCCUCUCGUUAUAUUUAUUUCAAAAUUCACCUUUCGUUUCUUUUCACUCUUUCUCGGCGCGAGAUGAUAUAUAUGACUAAUGUACGCUAUAAAUAUAUAUAUAUAUAUAUAUAUACAUAAUGAUUGUGAUCAUCGAGGUGCGACCGAGUUAGCCAACGACUGUCCAGUGAACGGUCGUAGUUUUCCUUUCAGUUCCUUUACUUGACGAGAGUCCAAGAUGGACUCAAAACAAUUUCGAAAGUUCAAAUUUCUAUGUUGCAGAUACGGCACAUCAGAGGGGGAAAAAAACGCGCCAAACGUCGCGUUUUCAUUAUCAGAAGUAAAUGUCAAUUAUAAUUGUCAUAUAAAUUCACGCUGUGAGAAAGAAACAUUAGUUAAACUCAACGGAGAUUUUUCGUCAACUCUUUACUUCCCUCAGGGAAACCAGAAGGGGCAAAAGAUUGAGCUAGCGUCUAUCGUUUGGAUAAAAACGACUUUGGAGCAAGAAAAGAAAGUUUUUCGCAAAAGCAUCUAAUUCAAUCGUACUUUUCGCGGUAAUUUUUCUAUCGACCGGGAAAAUCGUGCAUCUCACAUUAUGCCAAAAUAAUUGUUUGCCGGCUAUUUGUACAUAAAGAUCAGGCUCACGUAUCUGCGACAUCGAGAUUUGAAAUCCAAGGGAAUGAUGCUUGUUUCGGUUUCCGUUGACGAAAGGGAGAUUAAGUAGAUAGCAAGGGGAAAGGGAUUGGACGAAGGUGCAUUUUGUUUUGUGGUUGAUAAUGAUUAAUGACGACGAUCGUUAUAGCAGGGACGAUGUUGCUCACUCGAUGUUUGGCACCGUAGACUCACGCAAAAGGAAGCGAUUCCAUGUCUCAAGUCCACGCAUUAAGUAAGAUACGCCCAGGAAAAUCUGACAAUAAGCGUCAAUCACCCGGCAAAACUCGACGAGUUGAAAAUGCCGACCAAUCGGAGACGUAACAGAGUCGAAUUAACCCUUUAGCUCCUCCUGUCUUAUUUGACGCGGGCAACGCAGACAACGUACGCGCAAAGUUCACGUUUCAAUGUCGCUUCGAAGUUGCAAUUGUAAGCUGUUUAGAAAGACGUAUUAUUCAAGAGAGUAUUUAUAUUUAAAUAUUGUCAGAUAUAUUUAAUAUUUAGCGAUAUUCUAUAACAAUUAGUGACAUUUGCGGCAAUAAAGGGUUCAGCGACGAACGUUUAAAUGUUCACGGAGACCAAAGGAGUCAAAGGGUUAAAUACAGAAGCGAGGUACGCGUGAGCACGGUUUAGUUUACGUUUACGUUAAAAGUCUCGUUAUAAUUGGAGCGGCGAGUUAAAUAAGUCUGACGAUCGAUAAUAUAAUCGGAUACUAUAAACUGAAAAAUUGUUCAAACAUUGAAAAUAAAAAUUUCAAAGUAACGUGCCCAUUUGUAAAAAUUAACGCGCCCUUAGAGCGAAAUGUCGCCCACAUCCGAUUAUUUUGGCGCACACGGGGCGUCUUGUUUUAAUCAAUAGUAUUCGAUUAUUCACGCGCAAUCGGUGACUCACUGACAUGACACUCGGUGUGUACCUAACUGUCGUAUUUAGAUAGAAAGGGUCUCGAUGAUGACGACGGCGACACGCGAUGCCGAUCGUAUGCACAAUUGAUUUUCGCUCAUGAAAAUUCAAGCAUGUGAAUCCAACGACCCCAAACUGCGUUUCCUUUUUCUUUCGUUUGCGACUCAAGUACAUCGUCGCGGACGUUUUAGCAUCCUACUCAGAUUGAUUGCAAUAUAACAUUAUUUCUUGGUAACGUCACAAAGCUAGUUUGAUCGCACUGUCAGUACUUGCGAUUGUAUCGUUAUUUAAUUUCCCAUUACUCUUGGCGAUUUGUGUAAGUUCAUUUGCGUUUCGUUCAGAACGAAAACGAAUCUUUGUUGUAAUAAUAUCAAGGCACAUUGAGCGACGAACUGUAUUGCAAUGGGAACUCAAUUUUUGUGACGCCUGCUGUGUGUAACCAAUUGCCCGCACGAUUAUCUAUUAACCGACUCCCAGCACGACAAGGUUGGGGAGGGAAAGGGAGGAGGGAACAUCGUCACCGGUAAAAUGUUAGAUCCCUGAGUUUUUCAAGAGACACCGUCGGCGCGGAGUACCGUGUAACGUUUAAUCAGUCAGCCACUCCAUAUUGUAUCGACCCUAAUGGCACUCUCCGCGAAAAUGAUUUAAGGUAGGAGGCACUAGCGAGCAUUAUUAUCGGGAUCGACGAAGGCCGAGAUCAUAACAGGGCCGGAUACAAAUUCAGGUGUAUUGUAAAUCAUUCAGAGGAACCAGCGGCAUCGAUCUGGCGUCAAUUAUCGAGGAGUGCCGGCGUCCCGCUUACUACUUCAGUCGUCAUCCGGCGUUAAACGUACUAGGUAAGCUGCCCUCUGUACAUAAGUGAGAUAAUAAAGACAAAAAGGUAUCUCUAUCAUGUAUCAUUGAAUCUGUAAUGAGGUGUAACGUACGCGUUAAGUUAGCCGCGCGGGUUCUCCGCGGGUGGCACGUCGGAGAUGACGCGGCCCGCGACACCGAGUGCACCGAUCAAUGGCGUAAUUAAUCGAUCGCGAAUUAGCGAACCGUCGAGCAACGAAUGCGUGUCCUCGUGGCUACCGAGAGUGAGAGAAAGACGGGAAGGGAGGAGAGGCUGCGUGUGUGGAAAAGCGCGCGGAGUGUCACGCAGAACAUUGAGAGGGGUUUAAUUUCGACGAGUUCCAUUUUUUCUGCUGCAUUGAUCGCGGAAAGAUUUCACGCCGAUUGUCGCGCUUCCGCUCACGGAUAAGCGGAGAUCGGUUCCCACGUCUAUUUUUCACGACGCGGCAUUAAAACCCGAACUCGUUGAAGUUACACGGGACUUCGGAGUCCCCGUCUUCUUCAAUUAGGUCUCUCUCCUUUUUCUAUACUUUCGCCACUUGGUGCGAGACAAAGUAGGAGGGAAAGUGAGAGCACGAGACAAGAUUUCCUCCUUUCGAAAAAUAUAUACAAUUUUUUUACGCGCUAUAUCUAAUUUAUAGUACUAGAAUUUCAAGUGCAAACGUAACGCGAGUACGUUGUUGGUGAUUCGGCGCGGACACAUUUGCGAGACGAGGCGAGUCGAUUUCCCAAAAUGCUCAAAUCGCGACAACCGGAAGGAUGUCUCGUGCCCCGACUUUCCUCGCUUUGUGUGCACAUUUCUGGCGAGAGAAUCGGAAGAAGAGACGCAAAAGUGUAGAGAGCGCGGGCAAAGAGGACCGACCUAUCGAUGUAACCCAAAAAUGCUAAUCAAUAAAAUGGCAAGAAAUUUUCCCGGCUGUCGCGGGCGUCUGUAUGUAUGUAUCGUACGGUGCGUAAACUGUACUAUAUAUAUACGCCUAAUAUUAAUAAUAACUACGUUAAUGAUAAAACAAUAAUCUACCAAUACACUGCACACACACGCGCGCGCGCACGCACGCGCACACACAUACAUACGUUGAGAAGACGAAGCAUCAGGUCGCAGGUGUCACGUUGAGAGAAAUCAUUUGUAUAACAGAACAGUUGUACUCUAAGUGAGCUGUAUAAUUGUAGCAAAAGUCAAUCAUGAAUGUUCUCAACGACUGCUACGUCGUAUAUGUUACUUGUACGUGUAUAUGUGCACAAUCCGUUAACGAUGCAGAUCCCGAGAGAAAGAGAGGGAGAGAGAGAGAGAGAGAGCGCGCGCGAGAAAGAGAGAAUGAGAAUGAAAGGGAGAGUGAGAGAGAAUGAGAGAAUGUAACACGGGAAAUACUUUGAAAAACCGGACGUAGCAACAAAUGUAAACGAUAUAUACAUAUAUACAUAUAUAUAUAUUUAAAACAAAGAAAUACGGAGAGAGCUAAUUGUGAAUCGCGUGUAUUGCGUAUGCGCUGUGUACGCGCGCAGUGCAAGCACGCGAGAGAAAUCGGCGAGACGGAAAAAAAAGGAAGGGAAGAAAUGAGCAGUGGAGUAAAUCUAUAA